AUGGCGGAUGAAGACCUGCUCGACAAGGUCCACAGCUUGAGCGACCUGGAACUGGCCGUCCUGCUCUGUCUCAUCAAUCGCGAGCACGUCCUGAUUAGCACUCCGCCAGCCGCCAUUGACGACCUGGUGCAAGAGCUCCAACUGGUAGCACGCAAGACAUUCAGCCUCAAGCCCGUCGUCGUCGACUGCCACCCGUCCACCACGCUCGAAGACUUCGCCUCAGCUCUGCUCCUCCAUCCUCACCAGCCUCCUUCUCAAAACACCCCCGGCCGUUCCGUCUCGCCCUUUGCUCGGACGACAGAAUCAUACUUCGCUCUCAACUCACACUCACACUCGAAUCGUCAAACCUCCUUGCCGCUCUCGCCCCUAUCAUCUCUCCCUGCUCCUCAGAUCGCCCACUUUGUAAUCGCCAAGAAUCUCGACCGCGCGCCACAAGUCGUCCAGAUCCAGGCCCUCGAACUACUACGCACGAGACGCAUCUUUACGCGCACGUCGGUACAAGCCGCGCCGAAGCAAUUCGUCUUCAUACCCGUCGUGGGGGCAGCAAGCGGUGGCGAGGCGCAUGUCACGCCGCAUCUAAACGACUUCUUCUCAAUUGCCCAUUGGCAUAAUCCGGACGAUGGAUAUGUUAACCUAGAUGAAGCCGAUGGUCGAAACAACGGCCCGGAUGACGAGACGGCAUCUACGGAGAGCGUGGUAAAGAAGGCCGUUGAUGGCGCGACGCCGUCAACAGCUCUGAUAUCAGAUAUAGACAUCAGCCAACUAGCAAAACUGAGCCAGGAAGUCCAAAUCGACGUCGACAUCCUCCGUUACCAAAUGAACAUCGUCUCCUUCCUCCGAAUGCACCGAGCUGUCGACGGCGGCAUCACGCCUGCAGCCACCAAGCAUCUCCACCAGCUCGUCAAGAGUCUUGCUCCUUUACACAAGCUUGACUAUGUGACCCCAGCCCUCAUUGGACUAGCUGUGAGGAAAGUCUAUCUCCACCGAAUUCGAAUUAUCGAGCCGGAGAAGGAGAGGAGUAUGCAAUGGGGAAGUCAAUUGGAGGCUGUGGAAGCUCUAUUAGAAGGCGUCGGGCCCGAGGAAGUAGUGGAAGAAGUUUUGGAAAUGGUAACUGCGCCUCUUUGA